CGCAGGAUGCAAGAGGAUUCUCCGUCUUCCGCUAUUUCAUCGUCACAGGAAGCUCUGAAACAAGCAUGAGGACUGUAAAGCCCUUCCUUUGCGUCUCCAGACACUGGGCUCCUCUCAGGUGGCUCUCCAGACCCAGAAACUGUUCACAUGCAGCCAGAGCCAGCUCAGGAGAGAAGAAGACAGCUGUCUCCGACAGCUUCAGGAGACAGGUAGCUUCCGGUCCACGUUUUAAGGACUUUAUUCAAUCUCCUCCAGUGACUCUGGUUGUAAAUUGCGAACAUACCGACGAACAUUACCUUUCUGGGGACCUGGGGCUGCUGGGGGACGCAAGGAAAGUGUAUUUUGAAACUUAUGGAUGCCAGAUGAAUGUAAAUGACACAGAAAUAGCCUGGUCUAUACUGCAGAAGAAAGGCUAUGAACGCACAGCUGAUUUGAAACAGGCAGAUGUUGUCCUCUUGGUGACCUGCUCUAUAAGAGAAAAGGCCGAACAAACCAUUUGGAACAGACUCCAACAACUGACAGCCAUGAAGAAGAAACGAUUAAAAACCAACUCGCCAAUGAAAAUAGGCAUUUUAGGCUGCAUGGCUGAGAGGCUGAAGACUGAGCUGUUGGAGCGGGAGAAGCUGGUGGACGUCCUGGCCGGCCCCGACGCCUACAGAGACCUUCCUCGACUUCUCGCCGCCUCCGCCGGAGGUCAGCAGGCGAGCAACGUGCUUCUAUCUCUGGAGGAGACCUACGCAGACAUCAUGCCCGUCCAGCAUGCCAGUCAGGGCCGCAGUGCUUUUGUCUCCAUCAUGCGAGGCUGUGACAACAUGUGCAGUUACUGCAUUGUUCCUUUCACCAGAGGUAGAGAGAGGAGCCGUCCCGUCAGCUCCAUCCUGGAAGAAGUUCGGAUGCUCUCUGACCAGGGUGUGAAGGAGGUGACUCUGCUGGGUCAGAACGUGAACAGCUACAGGGACACGUCAGAGGUUCAGUUCUGCAGCUCGGAGCAGACCAAGCUGAGCCACGGCUUCAGCACCGUCUACCGAGCCAAACAGGGAGGCCUGCGCUUCUCCGACCUGCUCGACCUCGUGUCACGCAUUGACCCGGACAUGAGGAUAAGGUUCACUUCCCCUCACCCCAAGGAUUUUCCUGAUGAGGUUCUGCAGCUGAUUGCUGAGCGACAGAACGUUUGUAAGCAGAUCCACCUACCGGCUCAGAGCGGGAGCAACAAGGUCCUGAAGGCCAUGCGCCGGGGUUACACAAGAGAGGCCUACCUUGAUCUGGUGGACAAUAUAAAGCAAAUCAUCCCAGAUGUCAGUCUCAGCAGCGACUUCAUCUCAGGCUUCUGUGGUGAAACGGACAACGACCAUCAGCAAACUCUCUCCCUGAUCAGAGCGGUGGGCUUCAAUGUGGGCUUCCUGUUUGCCUACAGCAUGCGAAAGAAGACGCACGCCUUCCAUCGGCUGCAGGACGAUGUGGCGCCGCAGGUGAAGCAGCACCGGCUACAGGAGUGCAUCAGCGUUUUCAGAGAAGAAGCAGAGAGAGUGAACGCCGCUGUGGUUGGCAGCACGCAGCUGGUGUUGGUGGAGGGAGAAAGUAAAAGAUCUACCGAGGAUCUGUGUGGGAGAACUGAUGGGAACAUGAAAGUAAUUUUCCCUAAAGAAGAUGUUGCUGUUCAGGCUUCUGCGUCCAGCACCGCACCGAUCCGAGGGGGCGACUAUGUGCUGGUGAAGGUAGGAUGGGUUAGCUUUCAUCCCCACAUAAAACUGGAAUCUAUUCAGAGACUCAACACAGUUUCAUUUAGGUUUAAAAUAUAACCAAGCUUAUUUAGCAAAUGAUUUUAGAAAACAUAGGCAAGCACAAUUUUCUCUGGGGUGUUACACUACAGUUUCCCAGGGUGCUGUGGUGGCGCAGGAGUGAAGCACAACCCACAUAUGUUGGGUUGUCAACUGGAAUGAACAUAUAUACUGACAGGUUUCAGAAAAACUGGCCACCAAAGGGUGUGUUGUUGUGAGGACACUCUUGUAAAAAAGAUCUUUGAUCUCUAGGAGUUUUAUCAUGGUUAAAAAAACAUUUCAACAUUUUACCAUAACUGCGGUAUUAGAGAUGCUGUAAAGGUAGCCUUUAAAAUUAGUUAAACUCACUCAAAUUCUUGAUUCCUAAUCCUAACACAUAAACUUUGAAAAGAAAAUGUUCAUUAGCUGUCUAAC